GUGGGGAAAUGGUCACCAUGUGUUUUCCCCCUACCCUCCUCCUGCUGCUGACCCUGACUCCCCACCUCUUGGCCUCAGGACCCUCUGUAACCCCAAUACAGGUCUUAGCCCACACCUCCGUCAGCAAACAGACCUCUGGACGGCCUCCAGAGGUCACAACCCCUGGCAAGGUGGAAAAUGCCAAUAACACUGAGCCCCAGGCCACCAGGGCAACCACGACGGGGGUCAUGAUCCAAGACGGAGGGACUCCAGAGGUCACGACUGAGGAGGGAGAGACAUCGGAGGUCACGACUGCAGAGGGAGAGAUAUCGGGGGUCAUGACUCCAGGAUUGACCACCAGGCAGAGAUCUACAAUCACGACCACCACAACAACCGAGAGGAUGACCCAGAAGGUGACCUCCAGGACGACCCGGAAGGUGACCUCCAGGACGACCCUGCAGACGACCUCCAUGAAGCCCUCGUGGAUGAGACAUGAACAGCAGAUCUCAGUCAAAGUGACUGACCCUCCCAGUCAGAUGUGGAUAGUCUUAAUCCUGUGUCUGGUUUUCAUCACUCUCCUCAUCCUCCUGGUCAGUGCCUGCAGGAAGCUGCAGGAUUUUGGGGGUCAAGGCUCCUACUAUCCCUGUCACCUGGACAGGGAGCGGUACGUCAAUGCUGAGGAGGGAGAGGGGACAGGGGAUGGACAGCCCAGAGCAAUGAGGUGGGUCUUCCUCAGUGCUGUCCGCCGAAUGCUCCCCUGGAGGUCCUCGCCGUUACUGAGCAAUGAUGAGAAUGACGAGGAGGCGGAGUGGGAGCAGGGGGGAGGGGGGGAGGAGGGAGUGGAAGGGGAGGUGGUCCAGGGAAGAGGCAGCAGUGAGGCGCAGCCAGAGGGAGACAGCCAACGGGAGGACACCGAUCACUCCGACAGCGAUGACUACUCCAGCCUCGGAGGGCUAGACCUGAGGGAGAGGGCAGUCCGGGAGGAGGAGAGUGAGGAGAAGGGGCAGGAGGAGGGGUCAGGCAGAGAGCCGAGCGAGGGUGGCCAUCACUCCCCCAGUGGGGAUGAGCUCCUCAGUGACAUCCACUCUUUCUCUGGCACAGCCCAGUGGUCAGACACCAACCACGAUAUCACUGCCCUGUGA